AUGGCCUUCAGAACUCCUGACCAAAAUGGGAGAGCUUUAGAAAAACUGAAUGGAUUCCAGUUAGAGAACUUCGCAUUGAAAGUGGCCUACAUCCCUGAUGAGAUGGCUGCCCAGCAGAACCCCUCGCAGCAGCCCCGAGGUCGCCGAGGGUUUGGGCAGAGGGGCUCAUCGAGGCAGGGGUCCCCCGGAUCAGUGUCAAAGCAGAAACCGUGUGACUUGCCUCUGCGUCUGCUGGUUCCCACCCAGUUCGUUGGAGCCAUUAUAGGAAAAGAAGGUGCCACCAUUCGGAACAUCACCAAACAGACCCAGUCUAAGAUCGAUGUUCAUCGUAAAGAGAAUGCAGGUGCUGCUGAGAAGUCAAUUACUAUCCUCUCUACACCUGAAGGCACCUCUGCAGCUUGUAAAUCUAUUCUAGAGAUUAUGCAUAAGGAAGCUCAAGAUAUAAAAUUCACAGAAGAGAUUCCCUUGAAGAUUUUAGCCCAUAAUAACUUUGUAGGCCGACUUAUUGGUAAGGAAGGAAGAAACCUGAAAAAGAUUGAGCAGGACACAGACACUAAAAUCACGAUAUCUCCAUUGCAGGAAUUGACGCUCUAUAAUCCGGAACGCACUAUUACAGUUAAAGGCAAUGUUGAAACAUGUGCCAAAGCCGAGGAGGAGAUAAUGAAGAAAAUCAGGGAGUCUUAUGAAAAUGAUAUUGCUUCUAUGAACCUUCAAGCACAUUUAAUUCCUGGAUUAAAUCUGAAUGCCUUGGGUCUGUUUCCACCCACUUCAGGGAUACCACCUCCCACCUCAGGGCCCCCUUCAGCUAUGACUCCUCCUUACCCACAGUUUGAGCAAUCAGAAACAGAGACUGUUCAUCUGUUUAUCCCAGCCCUAUCAGUCGGCGCCAUUAUUGGCAAGCAGGGGCAGCACAUCAAACAGCUUUCUCGCUUUGCAGGAGCUUCUAUUAAGAUCGCUCCGGCUGAAGCACCAGAUGCUAAAGUGAGGAUGGUGAUUAUCACUGGACCUCCAGAGGCUCAGUUCAAGGCUCAGGGAAGAAUUUAUGGAAAAAUUAAAGAAGAAAACUUUGUUAGUCCUAAAGAAGAGGUGAAACUUGAAGCGCAUAUCAGAGUGCCAUCCUUUGCUGCUGGCAGAGUUAUUGGAAAAGGAGGCAAAACGGUGAAUGAGCUCCAGAAUUUGUCAAGUGCAGAAGUUGUUGUCCCUCGUGACCAGACGCCUGAUGAGAAUGACCAAGUGGUUGUCAAAAUAACUGGUCACUUUUAUGCUUGCCAGGUUGCCCAGAGAAAAAUUCAGGAAAUUCUGACUCAGGUAAAGCAGCAUCAACAGCAGAAGGCUCUGCAAAGUGGACCACCUCAGUCAAGACGGAAAUAAAGGCUCAGGAAACAGCCCACCACAGAGGCAGAUGCCAAACCAAAGACAGAAUGCUUAACCAACAGACGGGUGCUGAACCCCUAUAUCCAGAAACACAUGCACAAGUUUUUACCUAGCCAGUCGUUUCUUUGAGGACCAGGCAACUUUUGAACUCCUGCCUCUGUGAGAAUGUAUACUUUAUGCUCUCUGAAAUGUGUGACACCCAGCUUUAAAAAAAAAAAAAAAAAAAAAAAAAA